GCAUCUAUUAUGUACUUGAAAGAUAUGUGUCAUGGGAAGUAGGUAAAGCGGGGUUAGGGAGUUAAAACCAGCAGUAAAUCGGUGUCUUUCGAUGCAAUGAAAACUGUGACAAAGUGGAUGUGUGGGCCAUUUUUGUAAAAAUUCUCUAUAAUCGAUAAUAUUUCAAAGACAUAUACAUUAUACCUGCGAUUAUUUUGAACUUUGCGUUUAGUGCGAUAAAGAAAUAAAUUAAAAUGAAAGAUCUUGUAUUUUAUGCCUGUGUUUUAACACUUUUUUUUCAGUUUUCUGUUUCAUCAGAACUAAAGCAACAGCGCAACGAUGAAAAUGAUUAUAAAGUUUGCAUGAAUGCAACUGGUAUAACUCCGGAUAACAUUCACUCAGUUUGGUUAACAUCAGAAGAUAUAAUAGCUAAUGUACACAUUAAACCUGAAAAUGAAGAAAGAAUGAAAAAAACUGGCUGCCUUCUAGCGUGUAUAUUAAAAAGACAAAAUUUAAUGGAAGGAUCAAAUAUUAAAGAAGCACAAGUUGUUGCAAGGUUACCUGAAUUUUUUGAAGUCGUUGAUGAUUCGCAAAAAAAAACUGUGCGUAAAUGCAUGGAAGAAGGGAGAAGUAUUACGCAAGAAUGUGAGAAAUGUUUCUCUAUUUACGUAUGUCUCGUCAAAGCUACAUAUAACAUAGAAUCACAGAAACAUGGAAAACAUGAAAAGAAAACUGAAAGAGUAAAAACAAAGGCCGAAUAAAAAAAAAUAGAAGAAGAAAUAGAAAUCGACCAGGCUGAAUAAAUGCAAUUUAAUAGAAAAAUUAAACGUUCUAAGCAUUGUAAUUAUUAAUAUAAAUCCAUAAUAUUUUAAAUGUAGUUUCUUAUAUUCUAUUUUAAAUUUCUUGAUUUAAUAAAAGCACAGCAAAUAUAAAAAUAGCGUUUUACACUCAUUCACUACUUGUUUCCAGAUAAUCGAAUCUGCCAAAAGUUGUAUUGCAAAUGUGUUGCAUAUAUUAAUAAAAAUCUAACAACAGCC